AUGGCAGCUGUGCAAAUUAGGCACGACGAGGUUGCAAAUUGGAUUCAUUUCGCCGCCGCAACGGAUCAUCUUCAAAUGGUGCAGACCAAGUAUUUGCCCCAUGCCACUGCUCUCGUGGCGGCACUUGUAAGACGGUCCCUAUUCAUAACGUAUUCCAAUGGCACACUUUCAGAUUUUGGCCUUUUGGUCGGAUACGCUUAACAUCAACUCUUACUUCAUUUCUCCGAAAAAGUGCAAAAAUGCAGUAGACGAGUUAUUGAAAAAGGUACUGAAUUUUAUGAAAAUUUGAUUAUAAUUGAAUUUUCUCAUCUUUCAGAAGCAUCAGGUGGUCGGCAACGAAUGCAUCCCGGACACCACUACCUGCUUCAUUGUAGUUGAUUCCUACUACUUGGAAAACAACAGGUAUGCGUUGUUCCAAUGUUUCUAGAAACGUCAAUUCAAUUCACAUAGUAAAAACGUUACACUGCACCUUUUCAUCGCAUUUUUAAAACCCUACCAUUAAGAGUCAUAAUAGCCAUGAAAUUUUAUGGCGGUCCGGAUCGUCAACACCCUCACAUAGCUCUCUAUUUCAUUGCCACCAUCAAUUUGAAACGAUUCGCGUCGUUAGGCAGCUUUUUCGGAAAUGAGCGUGCGCCGGCAAAGGAAGCAGCAUUUCCUCAUUUUCGAAUGGGGGACCUGCAUAAAGCCGAUUAGAACACUAGGAGAACUUGAGACUCUUUCACACUUUUUGGAUAUUUCUCAAUUACCACGACGUGAGUGUAGUAUGCGCGGAGUCCGUCCAGGUGAAAUUCCCCGAGGACCGCCGAGCCUUAGCUUUUAUUAUCAUUGUGAUCAGGUGACUGCUUGCUGUUCACCGCUUCACUUUCUUAUUAUAUUUACUUCUUGACGUUUCUUUCAUAGAUGCCCGAAUCAUGUGCCCUUCAACUAAACAGAGACUGUUUUGUUGAUCUCGUGCUCGGGUUCGUAUCUCAUUGUGUCGUAUGAUACACGAGUCUCUCAGCUAUACAACGAUCUACUUUUCGAGUUUGAAUUUACUACCCAGCUCGGACAUGUUCUCUUUUUUUUUCCGCAAACCUUUCAUGACCCUGACCUUGGUUUCUCUUCCCUUCAAACUACUUUUUGCAUUACAUUCGCACAGCUACACUGCUUUUUUUUGGGAACACCAGAGAUGUGUCCGGAGUCGGAGAAAUUCUAUUCGCUCUAGUUUGUACGAUCCAGUGUUGCGAAUGCGAUAUUUACAUCGUCCAAAAAGAGAAACAGCGUGAAAUAAGAGCUAAUUGUCACGGUACUCCGUCUCCUGCGCGAGUUCUCUCUCUUUCUCUCUUUUUCUCGGGAGCCACACUCUUUGGCAGCGUCGGUCGUCAUCAGCACAUCGGGCAGACGUCGACGUACUCUUGAUGAUUCCGUCGGGUUGCCUGGUUGCGUCGUCCCAUCCCGCGCCGUGCUCCCACGAGCUAUGGCUUCGCGUCCAGGUGCGCCCUUUUAUUGCCUAUCGAUUCGAUUGCGCUUUCCAUUGUCGACUCGACCCUUCCUUUCCCCAUCUCUCUUUUCUCACUUUUUGACGCUUUUCUUCUUCCAAAACCACCUCAAACUCCUCGUAGAAUUUCCCGAAUUUUAGGCUAACAACCAAACGUGAUCUUCUUCUCGGUGAGAACACGGAAUAUUCGCUUACAGGAGUUGAGGUCGAAUCAACAAAACGUAUGUUUGUUGGAUCACUUAGUUCUUUCUAGUAGAAAACUAAUAAUUACAGCUGUAACGUGGGACAACAUUGACUCUCGCAAUUGGCCUGUGAACAAGGUUGUGAUAAACGCCAGAUACGCGAGACUUCUUGUUGCUUCCGGCUUUAUAAUGGAUGUGAGUUUGUGUGGGGUGCGCGCAGGUGUGGAGUAACUGAUAAACGAAGGAAGGUCCCUAGAGAAUCAAACUUUCAUUGAACUACGUAUCAUAGACGCUAUGAAAAGGCUAAUAAUGAAAUGCGCUUUGGUGAUCAGCUCAGACUGAUGACUAAUUAGUGUAUGAUUUCCUGGUGAGAGGGCCAAGAUCGUCAAUGAUUGUGCAGUAAGAAUAGCGGCUGGUCAGCUGAUCUGAAGGGACCCCACGUUUCAAAACGGUGACGUCUCAGAAAGAACAAAAAUGGUUCAUGAGUCAUGGCUACCGCUAUCCGACCGCCCACCAAAGCAAUUGUUGAAACAACGGGUAGUCAAACAGUUUUUGUUCUUGCUGUGUGUUUUUUUCUUUUCCUCUCCUUUUCUUUCCUUCCUGUUCCCUUUCCGCUUUCUCACCCUCUCAUUCUGUCGAUUUUAUGUUUCAGAGUUUGAACUUUGACGACAGUGAUCACCAUGAUAUUCUCAUUGCGGGACUCGGAGGCGGCGUCAUGAGCAACUUCUUUUCUGAGAUAUCUUACCUCAAUGUAAUCUCGGAUUAGAAAAUUUCCAUCAUUUUACAGUCAUACAGAUCGAUACCACCGUAGUGGAAAAGGAAGAAUUCAUGAUCGAUAUUGCCGAGCAAUACUUUGAUCACUUUGAGAACGAGCAGUUGCAUGUUGUGAACAAAGACGUGGUUGAUUAUAUUAGAGAAAGUAUCGAGAUAGUAGCGUUUGCGUAUCAAUUUUUCAUUUAGAUGACAAAAAAUUUGAUGUGAUUAUAGUGGAUGCAUGUGAAAACAGAAUGGCUGAAGUGAUGUGUCCUGUCUCAAGCGUAUUGCAACCGGAGACAGUUCAACUGUUAAAAAAACGAUUGACUAUUCGAGGUUUGUCCAAUGUGACAUCUGCCUGAAGCGUUUGUAAUGUUUUCUUAAGGAAUGCUUGCUGUGAAUGUUUAUACAACAAAGGGUUCUGCCAAAAACAGCGAAAUCAUACUUGAUUCAUUUUCCUCGGAAUUCAAAUCAUGUUUCUAUUUAGAGUAUUUCCAGAACAAAAAGGUUAGACAAACACUGAGAUGCGUUUCCAACAGGGUUAGCCUAGAUAGCACGGAAUGCCAACAAACCAUGUCAAACAACGUAUAGUAUUUGCAGUCAUGACCAUUGCUGGCGGUGUCUUUCUCACUAGUUACACAGACACUCUUGCGCCUUGCAAAAAAGGCAGCUGCCGUCUCUCUUUUCACUUUUUUUCGCAAGCAAAUGAAAGAAAGUUUUAUUUGUGGGUCAUGCCCUUUAAGCCGAGCGUCUUUUCAUUUCUACGUACAAAAGCAUACAUUCGACUACUAUGCUUUAUGAAUUUAAAUAUUUUCACAAAAUUUCGAAAGUGUUCUUGAACACGCUAACAGCAUCCAAUUAGACAUCUGUUACGAGUUGAGAGCCGCUAGAGUCUGGGGGAAACGCAUCUCAACUGGACCCUAUCGAUUUUUGCAGGUCCUUCUUUGUUCCAAAAAAGAUAACUGGACUUGGGAAGCACAGAGAAAACGCUUUCUUCAAAACGUUGCAAUGAUUGAUGACAUGUUCGAAUUCAAGCUGUCCCGUUUUCUCUCUUAAUUGUUCUUGAUGUUCCACUAAUAAACCUACCCGUGUGUUCUCAUCUUAAUGGUGCGCUUUGGCGUGCUGGUGUUUGCGUACGGGAAGAGACCACCCGUCACUCAAUCAACUCGUCUAGCGCAAGUUCAUCCCUGCGCGCAUUCUUUCGGUCCUCUUAUUAGCCCAGUCUUCAGCUGGAUAGAACAUUGUUUCAAUCAAUACUCUUCUCUUUCAGGUCUUCGCGGUACUCGACAGGCUCGUAGGCAUACGGGGACAAGUUGACAACCGUUUAAUAGACCUCCGGCUAAGGCGUUUAGCGCUAGCUGUCCGUAUCCGUCAACUACAAACCUGGGUAAGUUGCUUUCCCUCUCAUUCUCUCCACAAUUGUGCCACUCUCGUCAUAUCAGAAUGUGAUCUAGUCUCACGAAUGAUCACGUUUUUCUCUUUCUCUCUCGCACAUGAGACCGUACUCACAAACGAGACACGCAGGGGGGGGGGGGUAUCCGCGCGGCAAUUAGAUUCUCUUCAACCUUGCACGCACGCAUUAUUGAUCGCCCCCACAGUUGUUUCUUGCCAGGGGGGUUCGUCUUUCGUUGUGCACCCACCAACCACCCUAAUGACGUGAUUAUUUAUGCGUUUUUCUGCAUAGAAGUUUUUUCCAGUUAACGUAUAAAUUUAUAUAAUCUUCUUUUUUAUCCAUCUUAGCACAUAAUCUUCUAGAAUAAGUCCACUGGGCGCGUGGCAUACCCCUUUAGUGACGUUUUAAUGACCUUUAACGGUUUUCAAUAUUUCACACAAUUUGCUUUUUUUGCUUUCGCUCAAGCUAUUUUCAUGAUUGCUCGAAUUUUCCAAUCAAAAUCGAAAGAGGAAAAUUGUAAACGUUCAAUUUCUUUUUUACAAACCAAACCACAUGAAAAAACACACCGUACGCUCCUGUGUUUAAAUUUUUCUCGACACAACACAAGUAGCAAUGAGCUCAUGAAUUGCCGAAAAAUAUUAGAUAGGGUUAGAAAUAGUCAGAAUGCGGGCACAGUGAUCGGCGGCGAAGCGUGUAGUUUUAAAAUAGACCGAGUGAAUUUCGAAGCGUGAGAACAACGAGUCACAAUCGAUAGGAGACACGCGUGAGAGAGCAGAAGCGUAUGCGGUGAAGAAGUUACCUUUAGACAAAAAGUUCUUCAUUAGCAUAGUGCAUUUCAUCACGUAGACUAUUCGCAUUCGCACGCUUAUACUCCCAUCAUCCCUAUAUUGCUUUGCUAUGUUAUCUAAAGGCACCACAAUUAACGGAAUUUAUCAUCAGAUUGAUAUGCUGAAUCAACCGGCACAACUCAUCAAUGUACAGCGACCUCAUCAGAUUCAGCCUCCGGGCCAGCACCGGAUUGUACAGGGACAAGGAAUCCAAGUGAACCAGCUGCAGCCGGGACAGCCAGUGCAAAUUCGAAUACAAGGCGAUCCAAUCAACAUCGGACCGGCUCAGCUGGCGAACAUGCAGAGGCAGGGACAACUCGUGCCACAGGGCCAGAUUGGUCAACAGAGUAUAAUUGUGAAUAUGAACCAGCCGAUUCGUCCCCAGCCCAAUCAACAACAAGUCAUUCACGGGCAGAACCAGCAACAAAUACGAGGCAAUCCGCAGCAGCAACAGCAGCAAAUGAGAGGCGGACCGCUACCACAAGGGCAGCAGCAGCAAUCUCAGAUGAGACAUCAAAUGAAUCAGCAAAUGAUGAAUGGUCUCCCUCAGCAGCAGCAACAACCACAACAACAACAACAACAGCAGAGAAUGCAACAGCACAAUGUGCAACAGAAUCAGCAGCCGAUGAGAAUAGUUCAAGGACAAGGACCUCAGCAGCAGCCACCGCUCAGAAUGCAACCGCCGCAGCUUCAGCCAACGGUAUAAUCCGCCUUUUACAAAUGUCUUUUUAUCAUAAUAUUUCUCAGUUCCAGAUGCAGCAAAGCCAGUCUGGCAUGAACGGGCCUCCUCCACAACAACAACAUCGGAUGCAGCAGCAAAGCCAGCCGGAGAUGCAUCAGGUACGUCGUUUUCAAACGAUCUUUUGUUAUUUUCACGGUUUCCUUUUCCGGUUAAAGUUCCAUACAGGGGUCCCAUUUAAAUACAAGGGUCCCAAGUUUAGGACGAUUUUUAUAGGGGUAUCAAGAAAUUUUUGCAAUAUUACAGUGGUACCAAGGAAAAUUCCAUUUUGUUACAGGAUAAAACAGAAUAAUCAAUUGUUCUUUUUUAAAGAAAACGUUUCACUGUGUGUUCUAGGGGGAAAAGGUUAGAGGGCGGGACGCACAGGCUGCUUUCUGUUUUUGGGACCCUUGUAAUAUUUCGACAAUUUUUUAUGACCCCUGUAGGAUUGCAACAAUUUCUUGGGACCCCUGUAACACCUUUGGGACCUCUGUAUUUCCAUGGGACCCCUGUAUGGGACUUGAACCCUUUUCCUAGUUCAAGAUUCAGAAAACCCAGCCUAACAUGAGUGGCCCUCCACAACAACAGCAGCAUAGAAUGCAGCAGCAACAGCAGCAAAAUCAUCCGGAGAUUCAUCAGGUCUGUUCGGUGUCUAUAAUACUACUUGGAGCAUCCACCUGGACUUUGAUUUAAAAGAAUGAUUACCGUUUCUCAGUUACAGAUACAGCAUAAUCAACCUAAUCCGAAUGGCCCUCCCCAGCAACAACAACAACGAAUGAUGCAGCAGCAGCAGCAACAGCCGGAUGUGCAUCAGGUUUGUCAUUUUCCAUUUGUGUUUUCUUUGCUUUUGUUAACAUCGUCGCCAGUUCCAGAUACAACAUAACCAGUCGAACAUGAGCGGGCCUCCACAGCAGCAGCAACAUCGAAUUCAGCAUCAAAGUCAGCCGGAGAUUCAGGUUUGUCAUUCUCAUUCUCGAUUGAUUUCAUUUCAAUUCUUACGGUUUCCCAGUUCCAGAUACAGCACAAUCAGUCGAAUAUGAGCGGGCCUCCACAACAGCAGCAUCGGAUGCAACAGCAGCAGCAUCAAAAUCAUCCGGAGACUCAUCAGGUUUGCUUUGCUUGCUUGAUUUCUUUUUUAUAACAUCAUUUCCUCGUUCCAGAUGCAACAUGCUCAGUCUAACCCAAACGGACCCCAACAACAGCAGCAACAUCGAAUGCAGCAGCAGCAGGUAAAGACACUGGUUCAGUGAGAAAUGUGAAAAGUUGAAAUAGUUUCAGAUGCAACAUGUUCCGCAGAGCAUGAACCCACCGCCGCAGCAACAAAUGCGAAUGCAGCAGCAACAAGAUCAGCCGAUGCACCAAGGGCAACAGAUUAUGAAUGCACCUCAACAACAACGUCAGCAGGUAUGACACUCUGUUGGCAAGAGCAGCUGGGAGGUUUUGAUUUUUUCAGAUGCAGCAACCUCAACCAUCGACUAGUCAGCAACAACAACAACCAGUUCGGAUUGUGGCACAGGUAUAAUACAUGCUCCAUGCUCCAGGUUAAUCUUUUCUAUGUCAGUUGAUGACCAGCUUGCAACCGAUUCAACCGCAGCAAUCUCAGCAAAUUCGCGGACAAAUGCAGAAUUCUCCACAACAACCGAUGAGGUUGACUCCGCAACCGCAAGGCCGGCAAACUCCUCAGCAGCAGCAUGGACGGAUAACUCCUCAACAACCACAACAAGGACGGUUAACUCCUCAACAAGUUCAGCAGGUUCAGCAAGUCCAGCAAGUACAGCUUCUCCAAGGACGCCCUGUGCAGCAGAUUCAGCCAGUGAGGCCCAUUCAGCAGAUGCACCCUUCUCAGCAACGACAGCAAAUGCAAAUGAACAGGAAUGUGCAGCCAAACCCUAUGGGCCAGCCAAAUGUUCCGGACCAGCAGAUCCAGCAGAUCCAGCAGCAGCCCAUGAUGCAACCGCAACAGACUCCGCCGCAAAUGCAACAGCAUCAAACGGUGAUUGUUGAGCAAGAAAAUGGUCAGACUAUUCGGAUCAACGGCGACCGAGCGAUUAUCAACGGAAUGCAGUAUCGUCUGAUGCAAAUGAAUCCAGGACAGGACGGACAAAUGCUAGUCCCAUCGCCUCAGCAGCAAGGAAAUCUGGUCUCUGAACAGAAUCAACAAGUAACACAGCCGCAGAGACCUAUGCAACAACACGGAUCCACUCAUCAGCUGCUACCCGUCCAACUUCCUCCCAACGCCGCAAUCGUUCCACAGAAUCAGAAUCAGCAGCAUCAAAUGGUCAACCUCCAACAAGUCUCAAUUCAACAACAAGUAGUUUCUCAGCAACAACAGCAGCCUCCAGCAAAGCUUCCGAAAGCUCCAAGAGUACGGAAUCGAUCUAAGAAGAAUACAGCAGCAGCCAAUCAAAACCAGCAGCCGCAGCAACAACAACAACAGCAGCAGCAGCAACAGCCAAUGCAGAAUGGAGGGCAUUUGAAUGGACAACACGUUGGACCGAAUACUGGAGGACCGAACGGACAAAUGACGAUGGGGGCGCCGAACAACCAGCAGCAGCAGCAUCAGCAGCAGCAGCAGCAGCAACUGCAGCAGAUACCACAGAAAGGACGUGCCCGGCAGAUUGUUCCUCCAAAUCUGACUCCACUGCAACAUGAGCCAACAUUGCGACUUCCGCCGCCGGAUUACACGGCAGAUCCGCCAGUUCGAAUGGCUCAGCAGGGUAAACACCUGGUUCAAGUUGGAGGGCUCCCGCCGGACGCGAUGCCUCGAGGUGCUCCGUUGCCUGUGAAGAAUAUGCUGCCAAGAAAUCCUCUGCAACAAAGGACGGGACCAUCGCAGCAGGCUCAGCAGCCGAACGGAAAGAUGCCAAUCAUGAACCGACCUGGAAACACAUCAGAGAACAUGCCGUCUACUUCUCAGCAGAAGCCACCUCCACAAGAGAAAGAGUUUUCGGUUAUUCGCGAUGCCAUCGUACUUCACGUGAAAGGAGAGAGGAAGAUGUCGCCGGAGGUGAGAAGCUAAAUGUUUUAGAGGAGAUAUUCAAUUAAUGUUUUCUUUCAGUACAUUGAAUACGUUGUUGCUCAAUUGCAACGGAUAAUGAAUGAGAUGAAGAAAAUGAAUUUGCAAACGGACCCUCGAUACGUUUCUGUACAACAGUUGAUGGCACUGAUGAAAGGAGAAGAUUUCUCAAACAUUGAGUAUCCGAAACGAACACCAAGGCCAGAACGCGAGCAGCCGAUUGACAAAGGACUACCAGACGUGCCGCCGAACGAGACACCGGAGGAAGAGAAGGAACGGUUCGAAGGGUACAUGGAGGUGCUGAGAAACGCUUAUCCGCUCAAGCCGUGUGAUAUGACUUUUGCUCGCAUACCUGAUGAUAUUAUCAGAAAGGAAGCGGCUUUUUAGUGAGUUUGUGUACAGAAGACAGAAUAAUAUUCAUUUGUUCAGUAUGAAACAAGAUAUGAAAGCACGGGCCGCUUAUCUGAAAGAAAAUAUUGAUAAUAUUCCGGAGGAGGAACGUACCAAAGCAAAGAUUGAAUACCUUGGACUGAACCUCGUUGAGUUGCAAGAGAAGGUACGGAGAGAAGUGGAAGCGACUCUAGUCACGGAACCGCCUACCGAGUUUCUGAUCAAUCCGUGGUCUAUCCGAAGGACAAAGGCUGAGUACGCGCAGGAGUUGAAGGCACAUCCGGAUCGAGCGGCACUGGAGAAGAAACGGCGGGUCAGCAACAACUUGCUUCUUCACAACUUGUCCAAACACACUCGGGACUUCCGCGAGUUUCACAAGUGAGAUUAUUGUGCUAUAAUAUGCAAUCGACACUUAAUUUCAAUCUGCAGAAAGAACCUGGCUCAACAAACAAAGAUUCGGAAGUCGGUGCAGACGUACAUCACCAACGAGAACAAAAGGAAGACUCGCGAAGAGAUGAAAAACGAGAAGAUCAGAAUCCAGAAGCUCAUUCAGGAAGAUGAAGAAGGAUAUCGUGCUAUGUUGGAUGACAAGAAAGAUCAGAGACUGGUGUAUUUGCUUGAGCAGACUGAUGGGUACAUUGAGAGUUUGUGCGAACUGCUGAAGCAGCAGAAGAAUUCAACCGAUGGAAGCCUCGGGUUCAAAGCACCGGUCCGAAAGGACUAUGACAAUGGUUUCGUGAAAGGAGAAAAGGUAGACAGAAUUCAGAGUAUCCAUUCAUUUGUUAAUUUUCAGGUCAAAGACAUUCUGGACAAGGCGCGAAACGAUGAGGACGAAUACGAGAAGACCAAAGUGAACUUCGAGGAUUACUACACAAUGGCUCACGGUAUCCGCGAAGAAAUCACUCAACAACACUUCACGAUGGGCGGAGGCAAUCCAAACUUGAAGCUAAAGCCAUAUCAGCUGAAAGGUCUCGAAUGGAUGGUUUCUCUCUUCAACAACAAUCUCAAUGGUAUUCUCGCCGAUGAGAUGGGUCUAGGAAAAACCAUUCAGGUAAUAGAACAUUAAAAAACAUUUCGAAAUCAUUGAUUCCAGACGAUUGCAUUCAUAACAUAUCUGAUGCAAGUCAAGAAGACAAGUGGUCCAUUCCUAGUGAUUGUCCCUCUUUCGACUAUUUCCAACUGGAAGAAUGAGUUUGACACGUGGGCUGCGCAUGUUCAACUCAUCAUCUACAAAGGUCCGAAGGAUGGGCGAAAAGCCAUCGAGCCCGUCAUUAAAUCCGGGAAGUUCAACGUCCUGCUCACCACCUUUGAGUACGUGAUCCGAGAGAAGGCUCUGCUCGGAAAACUUCGUUGGAAGUACAUGAUAAUUGACGAAGGACAUCGGUUGAAGAACCAGCAUUGCAAAUUGACUGAGAUGCUGAACACUCGAUUCCAGUGCCAGAGACGAUUGCUGAUCACUGGAACCCCUCUUCAGAACAAGGUCUGUGUUUUUCCUAGUUCUAGGUUUUAUUUCAUUUUUUGCAGUUGCCGGAACUGUGGGCUCUUCUCAAUUUCCUGCUCCCCGCCAUCUUUUCCUCGUGCUCAUCUUUUGAGCAAUGGUUCAACGCCCCGUUUGCAACUACUGGAGAGAAAGUGGAAUUGACACAGGAGGAGACGAUGCUCAUCAUUCGCCGCCUCCACAAAGUACUUCGACCUUUCCUUUUGAGAAGACUCAAGAAAGAGGUUAGAUUUCCUGAAGAUAGAACCAAUUCUGAAUGCGAUUAUCUUAGGUCGAGUCAGAGUUGCCGGAUAAAAUGGAGUUUGUUAUCAAGUGUGAGAUGUCUGCACUUCAAAAGGUGCUUUACAAGCACAUGCAGAAGGGACUUUUGCUUGAUGGCAAACAGAACACUGGAAGUCGUUCUUUGAUGAACUCCAUGGUUCACCUCCGCAAGCUCUGCAACCAUCCCUUCCUUUUUCAAAAUGUCGAAGAGUCGUGCAUUGCUUUCUGGGACCAUCAAUACAUAACUGGGUAAGCGAGCCACGUCGUCCUCAUAAUAUGUAUAUGCAAUGUUUUGUUUCCAGAGUUGAUCUGUACCGUGUCUCUGGAAAGUUGGAGCUGCUCGACCGUAUCCUACCGAAGUUGAAAGCCACUGGUCACAGAGUCUUGAUGUUCUUCCAAAUGACAUCUAUGAUGACUUUGAUCGAAGAUUACCUGUCCACAACUUCCAUAAAGUACCUUCGUCUGGACGGAAGCACAAAGCCUGACGAACGAGGAACACUUCUGGAAAUGUACAAUGCUCCCAACAGUGAGUACUUCCUCUUCAUGCUCUCAACUCGAGCUGGUGGACUUGGACUGAACCUCCAAACUGCCGAUACCGUCAUCAUUUUCGACUCGGAUUGGAAUCCUCAUCAGGAUAUGCAGGCUCAGGACAGAGCGCAUCGCAUUGGUCAAAAGGCAGAAGUGCGAGUGUUCCGUCUUAUCACUGCAGCUUCCGUUGAGGAGAAGAUUCUCGCAUCAGCCAAAUUCAAGUUGAACGUCGAUGAGAAAGUCAUUCAAGCUGGAAAGUUUGACAAUAAAUCGACUGGAGUAGAGCGGAGACAAUUCCUCGAAGAGAUCAUCAAGUGAGCAUACAGUUUAUUUAAUUCUAUGCAAUUUCAAACAUUCCAGAGCUGAAAAAGAAGGAGAAGAGGAUGAGGACGUGCCCACCGAUGAGGACAUUAACGACAUGCUUUCUAGAACCGACGCUGAGUUUGACCUCUUCCAGAGAAUGGAUCAAGAGAGAUUCCAUUAUGACAAGAAGCACAAUGUGUAAGUUGAUGUCUCCACUUUCCUUGAUUAAUGUUCUUUUUUAUAGCAAGCCGAGACUUGUCGGAGAUGAAGAGAUUCCGAAGGACAUUCUGCGUGCCGCCGAUGAAACGGACUAUAUGGAAAAGGCCAAAGAAGAAGGCCGGGUGCCCUAUUUGGAGGUGAUGCCGGGAUCGAGAAGGAAGAGGAAGGAGGUAGGAAACGAACAAUAAAAAACGUUAUCUAAACAAUCAUAUUUCCAGGUUGACUACUCCGGAGACACGAUGUCCGAUGACAAGUUCCUCGAAAAGCUGUUUGACGGUGAAGACGCGGCUCCAGUCAGGACUGAACCCAGGGAGGAACCUGCCCAGGAAAUACCUGCUCCAAAGCCUCCAGUGACCGAGCAGCCUCCCCUUCCGGCUUUGACGUUUAAAGUGCCUCGUAUCACGUUCAAAUUUGGCGAUGAGCAGAAACGGUCGCAGAAAUUGAGUGGCAGCGAUGCGGACGAUGUGGAGAAGCAGCACAAGAAGCACAAACGGGAUGACGAACACCGAAAAGAGCGGAAACGUAAGGACAAGGAACACCGGCACAAGGACAAGGAACGCCGGCACAAAGAUAAGGAGCACCGCGACAAAGACAAAGAGUUGAAGCGAAAGUUCGAGCCGCCGAUCGAGAAACUCAAGAUCAAACUCGGAGAGCCUGAUGCCAAGUACAGGAAAACGGAAGAAGGCGCUCAGAGGAAAGAGGAGGCUUUCCCGCCGAUUCAAAAGCUGAGAAUCAAGUUGCCUGAGGAAAUCUUGUCUCUGAAAAAGAAGAGGGAGCGAGAUGAGGACGGCGAAGAUUCGCCGGAGAAGAGUAAGAAGCACAAGCACAAUGAGAGGGAACAAGGAGAGUCGGUGUCACCUGUGAAGUCCUAUUCGAUUGCUCCAAGCGCUGACGUCACACUCAACUCGUCAACCGACGAGCAUCAGCCACUGAAGCUCAAAUUCAGCGUUCGCUUCAAAAUGCCCGAACAAGUGUUGGAGAUUCCGGCGAGAGAUGAGGUGCAAAAGGAGAAGAGCAAAGAAAAGAAGAAGGCUCGCGAGAACGAGACGGAAGAGGAACGAGCUGCUCGGAAAGCUGCCAAGAAGGAGGCGAAACGUUUGCGAGACGAGCAAGAGGAUUCGGUCAGGAUUCAGGAGAAACUGGCGAAGAAGGCUCGGAAGGAGCAGAGGAGACUGGAGAAGGCAAGGCUGGAAGCUGCUGCUGGCACUGCGUCCACCUCGACCGAAACAACAACAGAUGCAGCUGGUUCUGCAUAA